AUUCAACCUUUUACCCCGUCAGGCACGCUGCCCAGCAUGUUUCUGCCGGCGCCUAACCAGACAUGCCAACGCCACCAGCUGACCAUCAUUGGUAGAUACUUCUUCAGGCAACUGCGCCAGAUGAGCCAGCUCCAAAGGACAUCCUAUGCCCGCACAGCCUUUGAGCAGUUCCAGUCGCCGGCACUAUGCCAGCGUCACACCCAAGCCCAAGCCUUCACACCCAACUUGGUGGCCAUGCAGCGGAGUCAACAGUUUGGAGAGGAUUAUCGCAUCUAUCAGCAGAACAUCGACCUGGACUCGUUCUUCGGGGAGGAGCCAAAGUAUGACAGGGUCUCGGAUGUCUGCCUGCUCAACGAUCACUUUAUACUGGUGAAGAUGCCCCAGGUGCAGUUCCAGCCACCAAAACCAAUGACACCACAAACGAAAUCGAAGCUGCCGCGUUGCUUCAAGUGCAAUCGCAGCAGUCGCGUCUCGCCCAUUCUGGAGGAUGUGGAGGAGAAGCCUCCGCCUCGGAGGAGCUGCCUAAAACCCUGGGCCAGCAGGGACAUGGAUGAAGUGGAGGUUUUUAACUCCACCACAACUAGUUCUGCUAAGGCUACUCCCGAAUCUGUGAUAGUCGAGCAGCCGCAUCCGCAGCGGCAGUCCCCUCCUUUGCCUGCUCCUCUGCAGCUGGAAGCGGUACAUCCCGCAGCAUCCACACAGCAGCCUCUCCUCAACCGCGGUCCACUCCACUGGUUUCUCUGGCCCUUUCGCCGACGGCUCCACGCCAGAGCCAAGUCCAAGUCCCAGCUGGCCGCCGUGCAUAAAACGUACUUUGUGCGCUGGAGCAAACCGCCGGACACCAUCUGGCAGGGCUACGGCGUGGAUAGAGGCGACAGGGAGCAAAAGUCUAGUCUGCGGCGCUGUCGCUCGGCUGUUUUCUAAGCGAAUCUACAGAUGGAAAUUGUGUAUAUA